ACUCUGAAAAUAGUAUAAAUAAGCCACUUUCAUGUUCAGAAGCUUAUCAAAUGUUGAAUCUUUUAUCAGAGAGUGGAUACGCAAUAAAACAAAAAACAAUUUCAAAGGCCAUUUUGCUCAACUCAAAAAGCAUACAACCAGUACAUAACUUGGUUUAGCGUUUUCAUGGCAAUCAACGCUGGGGAAAGGCUUACCAAACGUUCAACGGCCAACAGCCCACCGCCCAAUCGCCAGAUUCGAUUCUAAAAGGUCGACUUGUUCGCCACCCAGAUUCUUAAAUUCAAGGAUGUUCGUGAAGAGUUCUGUCUUAGUAAAUGUGUCUUCUUUGAGAUACUUGUCGUCAUCUUCAUCAACAGCACCUCUACUUAAAGCUGGAGAUGUUUUAAGACAUAGAAGAAUAUUCUCAGAUAAAGAUGUUGUUGAGUAUUCUAAAGUGACCCAUGAUGCAAAUCCUUUGCACUUGGAUUCUGAAUCUGCUCGAGCUGCUGGGUUCGAAGAUCGGCUUGUACAUGGGAUGCUUGUUGCUUCACUGUUUCCUCGGAUUAUUUCCUCCCACUUUCCUGGAGCUAUAUAUGUUUCGCAAAGCUUGCACUUCAGGUCGCCAGUUUAUAUUGGAGAUGAAAUAGUGGGUGAGAUACAAGCUAUCAAUAUAAAAGAUACCAAGAAGAGAUACCUAGCGAAAUUCUCAACCAAGUGCUUCAAGAAUGGUCAGCUUCUUGUUCUUGAUGGUGAGGCCAUGGCAAUUUUACCAACUCUAGCUGUGGAACAAGUGCAAUAUGAGGAAUGAGGUCAUGAAUGCGAUUAGAAUUUGGGUUCAUCAUACCCUUGAAGCUGCCAUGCCUUUGAUAUUUGCUAUUGGCAAGAGUUGAGGCAUUGAUUUAUUUUUCCAGAUGACACUAACUACUGAGGGUCUGUCCAGUUGAUGAUGGUUUCCCUAAGCUUUUGAGACUAUUCUUACUCUUGUUGAAGCUGCUUCACUAGAUUUUAGUCAUACCAUGUUUUUACUGCUGUAAUAAAACCCAUUAGUUAUCUUCUGGGUCUCCCAUAGGCAUGAACAGUACAAUUGACUCGGUGAUCCUUCUAUUGUAUUGGUCAGAAAUCUCAAUGACAAGGUCAUUGACUUGUACGGUGAUUUUGUUGCUUUGAGAUGGAAAUUGAAGACG